CUCGCAACCCGUGAAUUCACUUCUACCAGAUUCAACUCAAGGAUUAGCCAGAUGCUGGAAUCUUUGCACGUUAAACCCCUUAUUCACAAAUACCUUGCGCCACAUCGCUGAACAACAGUGACGCGAUGGAAAGACAGAGGAAGCGCGAGCUGCGCGACCUCAACCAACGUGCAUGGGCUGGUGAGCCAAAUGUUCUCGCUGUCCAGGGCUCGCUCGACUCGUCCAUGAAGAAGAAUACCGCCUUCAUCAAACGUCUACGUACCGCAAUCAACGCUGCUGGCCAGAGUGUCUUCCUACAAGAAAUCUGCACUCUUUCGCUGCACAAAUACCUAUCCGAGAUCAUCUCUGCCUGCUUCGAAGGCCUGACCAAACUCAAGACUCCUGGAGAAAUCGCCGCUGGUGUCGAAAUCGUCUCUGCUCUCCACCAACGCUUCGGUCCCGAUGAGUUCACCAAAAUGCUCGGCUGGUUUGUUGGCCGUGGUCUGGCUACGCCCGAUAGAGCGCAGUUGAAAGCUCUGGCUCAAGAUGUGCGUGAAAGAGAAGAGAAGGAACGUAUCUCAAGACAGCGCAUUCUGUUACGAGUGGCCACUGAACUGUGGCUUGUCGGUGUCCUGCGUAGUUUGGAGGACAUUGCCCGUCCGGAAGAGGCCAAUAAGUUGAAAGAGUCGGGAAAGCCAGUGGAUACCCUGCCCAAGGCCAAGACUACACGACCCGACACUGCAGACCCAGAACCUUUCCCUCUGGAAGUACUCAAGGAUAUGCUGGGCCACGACCGUGAGCACGUGAACCUGCCGUUGGUGGUCAUUUUCGUCAAGAGUUUUGCCUGGGACAUUUUGGCCUCGAAACCUACACAAGAUGGCCGCAAGACUGUCGCUGAGGAUGGCUCGACAGUAACGGCUGCAGAAGAGACCGACGCUGACUCGAACGGCACUCAAGAUCCUCCACUUUGCGCGUCCGACAUGCAGCAGCGCUUCAAGAAUAUUCUCGGCCGCUAUUUCCAGGACGUCAAAGCUCAUAUUGUUCGCGACCAGAAGCAUCUGACCGCUCAAGGACGUCGCAAUGCCGAAGCAUACGUCAAGUCGGGAGAAGUCUUUGAAGACCGCCAAACAAACUUUGAGAAACAGACCAAGUCUCACGAGAAGCUGGUCUCAAAUGCUCAAGUACUGGCAGAUGCGCUUGGUGUGGACAUGCCAGAUCUGUCCGAGAAGGAGUCUAACAACGCUGGCGGCGACGGCGGCAUUGGCCUGGUCAAGACCGGCGAAUACUUACGUGGUCAAGGCGACGGCGCCGGCAUCUGGGAAGACGAAGAAGAGAGACGCUUUUACGAGAAUUUGAUUGAUCUCAAAGACAGAGUCCCUGGCAUCUUACUUGAGGAUGGCAAAAAGAAGAAAUCUGACGGCGACGAUCAGGUAGGAAAGAGAGUCGAAGAAAUUGCAGAAGCCAAGCUUGAAGCCGCAGAGCCCAAGUCAGCAGAGGGGGAUGACCAAUCUACUGCUAUUGCCAACAAGACCGUAGGCGCGCAGGUUGAUGCAUUGCUUGCCCAACUUGUCGACUUGACCAACAAAGACCAAGUUGAUCAAUUUGCCAUUGAUUUUUGCUUCUUGAACUCCAAGGCCUCUCGAAACCGCUUGGUGAGGGCAAUCCAGGAUAUUCCCAAGGGUCGCACCGACCUGUUGCCCCUAUAUUCACGACUCGUCGCGACUCUUGGAAAACACUUGAUCGAUGUUCCUCAAGCCUUGAUCGCUUACCUCGAUGAGGAAUUCAGGAGCUUACAGCGCCGCAAGUCAAAGGAUUUCCUUGGACAAGUCCGUAUGAUCAACAUCCGUUACAUCGCUGAGCUUACUAAGUUCGGCGUUGUGCCCGAGCAUGUUAUCUUCCACUGCUUGAAGGUCAGUCUCGACGACUUUUCGCGCAUGAACAUCGAGAUCAUCUCGAACCUUCUCGAGAAUUGCGGUAGGUAUCUCCUUCGCAACCCGGAUACCUCACCAAGAAUGGCCUCCUUCCUGGAGACAUUGCAACGCAAGAAGGGUGCUCAGCAUCUUGGUCAACAGGAGCGUAUGCUUAUUGAAAACGCCAUGUACUACGUCAAUCCUCCGGAGCGCGCGGCCAUUCAGCAGAAAGAACGAACCCCUCUCGAGUUAUACGUGCGCAAGCUCAUCUACCUUGAUCUUUCGAAGCGCUCCCUCGAAAAGGUGAUUAAGCAGAUCCGAAAGCUACAUUGGGAAGAGCCAGAGGUCCCGGAGCUUCUUCGCAAGAUCUUCACCAAGCCAGGCAAGAUCAAGUACAGCAAUGUCCAUCUAUUGGCUGUCAUCCUUGGAGCGCUGCAUCGUUAUCAUCAGAGCUUCACAGUUUCUGUUCUAGAUGAUGUGCUCGAGCAAAUAACGGUUGGACUCGAGACCAACGACUUCAAGCAGAACCAGAAGCGUAUUGCCGAAGUCAAGUAUCUGGGUGAGCUGUACGUCUACCGUAUGGUGGACUCUGCUCUUAUCUUUGACACACUCUACCACAUCAUCAACUAUGGUCAUCCAGGUGGAUUCGCCCGCCCAGGCGCUUACAACAUGCUCGACUUACCCGAUGACUACUUCCGCAUCAGACUCGUGGCUAGUCUCCUUGAGACAUGCGGUAUGUACUUUGACAAGGGUGCGGUCAAGAAGAAGCUUGACUUCUUCUUGUCGUUCUUCCAGUACUACAUCCAGACGAAGGAGCCGAUGCCUAUGGAUGUUGAGUUUGUGGUUCAGGACAUGUUUGCUCUGUUGCGACCCCAAUGGAAGGUUGCUACCACGUUCGAGGAAGCACAGCAAGUCUUCAGCGAGGCUGUCAAGCACAACUACCAGAACUCUGGGUCCAACAAGCAGCAGGCAGAACAAGAGGAAGAAGAGGAAGAAGACGGUCGUGGCAUUGACGACGUCAACAAUGAUGACGGUGAAGACGACAAGUCAUCCGGAGACGAAUCUGCCGAGCCCACCGAUGAUGAAGGCGCCGGUGAGACCCCAGAGGAAGGUACUGAAGACGAAGAAGAGCAUAUUGUCGUCACACGUCCCGAGGACCAGCGCGAUCCCGAGGCAGAUGCCGAGUUCGACAGAGAACUGGCUAAGAUGAUGGCGGAGAGCGUCGAGUCGCGCAAGUUUGACCGCAAGCCUGUCUUCGACGUUCCCUUGCCCAUGCGUAAGACUGCCACUGCUACGUCAACUCCUAACAGCGAACCGGCCCAGCCCGUCGAGCCUACCUCAAACACGAUGAAAUUCGCACUUCUCAGCAGAAAAGGAAACAAACCACAGACUCGCUCCAUUGACCUGCCUUCAGACUCGAACUUUGCAGUUGCUAUGCGGAGCCAGCAAGAGCAGGCUCGCGCAGAGCAACAGCGCAUCAAGAAUCUGGUCCUCAACUAUGACCUUCGCGACGACGACCCCAACGAUGCAGCUCUAGAUGCACAGUCCCCCUAUAACCAACCCCGUGUUGACAAGUCCGGGACCUCACGCAACGUCACCAGAAGCAGAAAGCUGCAGCUCAGUGAUGUCGACUGGACUUGAACGAUAUCGAUAUGCAUAUCCAUCCACGACAACCACGGGAAGCUUCCCGAUAGCUCUCAACCACACCGACCAGCGUCUUUUUCGCUGCCGACGAUUCGUCUUGAUCACAUGGAACAUUGCUCGCAGCGCUUGUUCUGCAAAGGAGUAAGCCACACUUGCUGAACUCCAAGUACCGCAACCGACAGCGUCAUCGACAAACAAAACAACGCCUCGUCCAAACACAGCCCUGAAGAUGGAGAAGAUAUUGGAGGCGUCUCGACCUGCAGAACGGGCAGAUUUGCUAGCAGCACCGGUAAUACUUUCGUGGCAUUUUUUGAGACAUGCGGGAAGAUUAUAGGGAGAGACAUUUGCUCUUUUUCCCCAUGACUCGUUUUAUUUUGUGGCUUG